AUGACUGCAUCUGAUUCUCCAACUGAGCCCCCAUCAAUCCAGUGUAAUGACAGCAACGUAGCUGGCCUGUCUAGUGUAGCCCAAAGAGCCAUUCCAACCCCUGAAAGUUCCGCGCAGCAAGAACUCAGUCGAAAGCGCAAGGCAAGUUCACAGCCACCCGACGAAGGUCCUGCACUACGUAAAGCUAGGCGCGAAGAUCCAUCACCCGUACCUCCGGUGGUACAAAUAGAAACCACUACCCCAAUAAAGGUGCCAUCAACCCCGAAUGACCCCUUGAGCAACAGUCCCGACAACAGCCCCGACAACAGCCCCGACAACAGCCCCGACAACAGCCCCGACAACAGCCCCGAAAACAGUGCUAUCACACGCCAAGCUGGAAGAUAUGCAGAAACCGAAACAAAAGUCCCUAAAUCUGGAGUUCUCGAAUCAUGCGAAACAUGCAAUAUCGUGGCUCACAAAGCAGAAGGUCCUGGAGCUAUAGUCCCUAACUCAGAAGGCCUUGGCUCCGAUCAAACCAGCAGCAACUGCGAAGCACCAGUCGAACUACACACUUCAGCUUCCGGAGAAUCUAACACAAAGCGCGAAUCUUCUGAAGAGCGCAAUCUAGCAAAAGCCAUAGAGCAAUCCCGCCUCGAACUGAAAGACAGACAGCGUGCUCGUGCAGAAGGCACGACUCAACCUGACGCUCACUCUACCAUCAAACAAGAAGAUCUGGAAAAAGAAGAUGAAGAGGAGGAGCACGAGAUUGAAGCAGAUGAGGAAUUUCCAGCUGAGCACGUCACUGAUCCGAGACAGGAGCCCCAGGAUGGGCUUACUACGCUUGACUUGGCGCGUAUAAAUGCUAUCGUGCAGGCGCAGUUGGUACCUCACAUGGACACUAUGAAUCAGCGCUUGGGGACUGUCACGGAAGUCGUUAUAGCGGUAUAUGAUAUGUUGCAGCAAGCGAUAGAAGGAUAAGGGGGAUUCACGGGUGGGACAGAUGAUGCGCAUUAGACUGCACGUGUUGUGACCGUUGUUCGCUUUUCUUUCAUAAUGCCUAUAUGGUAUUUGGGCGGUAAUAUUCAGCGGAUUCUUUUACUCAACAACUCCAUUAUUCGCAUGUUUCUUGACGUUACCUCAUGGAUUCACGAGGACUUUACGCUUACAUACACUUUAUGUGCUCUGACUGCAGAAGCCAUGCUCAGUAUCGACAGGUCCAUUUUCUCAAGAGCAUAAUAAACUCUGGCGUUUGCUUUUCCGCUCUCGUGUUCCGCGAUGAAAAAGGUUGCUAUCCAUUCCUAGCUAAAUUAGAGCUGCUGGAUCGCUAGCAUAGAUUCAAGUUCCGUAUCAGAUCUCUAUCAGGUU